AUGGAGAUCCAGUGGGGUUCCAACUUUCAGUCAACAGCAUUACCAGAAGUAUCAAAUGACCUUGUGCCUCAAGAAGAUUUGACAGAAGAGAAUUCCGAUGUUUGGGACGAUAGCGCCUUAAUAACUGCCUGGGAUCAUGCUGUUAAGGAAUACCAAUCUUUUCAUAGCAUUAAAACCGAAAAAAUUUCCAAUAAAACUGAUAACAUUAAAAAUAAAGGAGCUUUAUCAAAGAAAACUCAACCAACAAGUGAGUCAGGAGAAGCCUCAACGCCGAGUUCUGCUAUUGACAAUAUUUCAUCCAAGCAAGAUAGCAAUGAAAUUAAACGUGCCCAAAGUGUGGAUCGAGAUGGUGAAUCCAUAUUAAAAUCUAUUGAUGAUAAAAAGGUUCGAGGAAAAAAGUCAAUGGGAUCAAGAGAAGCAUCUAUAGCUAGUAAAGGAAUGCCACCAUAUUACUCGCAUUCGUCUUCACAUAUAGGGUAUCCAUCGUACUCUUAUCAGCAGUAUCCUGGAUACUAUUCUUAUCCAUCUCCACCGAAGGCCGGGUCUUCUUUUGAAAAUCCAACUAAAGCAGAGGCUGAUAUUUCUACAGAUCAAACACAAAAAGAAGGGAUCGAUGCUUCGUCAGCAGAUGAAACCGGCCAUACACAUAUGCAUAAUUCUGAUUCAGCGACAGGGUGGAGACCAAUGCAACCGCCAAAGCCACAAACUGCUGUUCCGCCACCGAUGAUAGAUGACGAAGCAUUGAGUAAUUUAUUGAUGGCUUGGUACUAUUCUGGUUAUUAUACUGGGUUGUUUCAGGUAAAUAAAUGGUUUUCAGCUUUUGUUUAA